GAGGAGGAAAGUGGCUCCUUGGCCAGGAUCGAAGCGCUGCUCCAACAGUAUCAUCGGGAGCGCGAAGAGAGGAGGGCACGCCGAAGGCACCGUGCAGGGCAACCUUCGGGCGGGGCUCCAAGAGGGAGGAGCUUUUGCGAUUCGAGAACCCAUGUGGAAGCACAUGGAAGUCGGGGCGAUGGAGGUCCAGCCAUAAGGAUCUCCAAAUACAUCAAGGAGGCGAGGGACUUAGGGUGCAAACCGUUCGAUGGGACGGGAGACAUCUCGGUUGCCGCCCAGUGGAUCAAGAGGCUGAACGAGGCAGCCCUUGACAUGCAGCUCACCCCCGAUUUUAAACUGAGAAUCGCGGUAAGGUUACUCGAGGGGUUGGCAUCCAAAUGGUGAGAUGGAACCAAGGGUAAGUAUGGCGGAACUGUUACAUGGGAGGAUUUCCGACAAGAAUUCUUUGCCCAGUACUACUCUGACUUCAAAGUAAACGCCAAGGUGAGGGAAUACACUCUCCUAACCCAAGGCAGUAACAUGACGGUGAAAGAACUUGAGAACAAGUUCAGAGACCUUGUUGAUCACAUACCGG